AUUGCCAUCAUGCACGGUCCAUUGUCCAGAGGGCUCUGGUGCUACAGAGCGGCACUUAGGGCCCCUGUACUUCACCAGGUGAAUCGAUCUUUUGCUUUAGUGUCUUGCCUCCGGUCGGGGCAGCCUGCAUUCUCCCCAACCACAUCUCUCAAAGGGCCCGCAUCGAUCCCCUCGCAUCUACAAGGAGAAACCCCUGUUGCAGAGUCACAGGAUACAUCCUCAACUGAUGGAUUGUUCGACCACUUAUCAAAGUUAUCCGAUGACAAAGUUAGGAGUGAGCUGGGAGAGGGGCCCGAGGAUCGCGAUUCAACGCUUUUUCUGCGCCUAUUGUACAACCAGCUGUCAACCAGUUCGGCGGAGGAGAAAGCGAUAGCCCGAAUCAAUCUAUCUUGCAGCGCCAUUUCCAGACAGCACCCAGGGUAUACAAAGAACGAUUUAUAUACAGCUUUCAUGGAAUGUGCAUCCUCGGGAUACUCAGUGUCUGAUGAUCUAGGUUUCGCGGUCGUCUCGGCCUUGUUAGCUCCACAACCAGCAGGACAGGUGUCGAACUCGGACAAAGAAAUAGCUCUUCGUGUGCUGGAAUAUCUUUCCCUUCGGGGUACCAACGUUGUGAAUAUGAAAGUCUUCAACAUGAUUUAUCAAGCAGCAGCGAAUGCCCCGUCCGCGCUCUCUCGUGUUUCUCGCCUGAUCGAUACCCUUGAUUUACCCUUCGAUCCCCUACAAUCCCGGUCGCUUAUGGCUUCACUCUUUCAACAUGGAGAUUACAAUGGUUUCUGGAAGUUGUGGCGCAAGCUUCCUCUUAACGGGAGUCCACGCACUGCUGCAGACUACGAGAUGCUGUUCCGAUUGCAUGCUGAUCUGGGAAAUGAACUCCGUGCCCGAGACUGCAUCUCGACGUGGAUGCCAAUGAUGAGUAGAGAGCAACCGCCGAUACCCCUUAGGGGAAAACUCUUGGUAGACAUUAAACGUUGCCUUGUCCUGGCCGAUCGCGAUAUCGCCCAGAAGGCUGCGGAAGGCUCGUCGAGCAAUUUGGCCCGGUUCUGGAAGGAAUGCCAAAGUAGGACGCUGGCCAAUGACUGGCGUCGCAUCGCCAUCAUGGAGUACCUGUCCAGUCUGCAGCAGGAAUUCGACGAGCUAAAGCCGUCCCUGUUCGAGCUGCUCGCCGAGCAACAGCUCUCCGACCUCCUGCCUCCCUCAAUCCGAUACAUCCUCGCCGUCGCCACUCACCGUCAUCCGCGAUACCUCCUCCGCAUCCUCAACUCUUACGAUGAGAUCUACGCCCUCCUCUCCCUCGUCGUCGAACGAUACUACCUCCGCACCUUCGGCGGCUCCUUCACGGAGAACUUCUACUCCCUCAAACGCGAACGAGUCCUUUUAACGAAGAAUGGCGAGAUACCUCGCGCCCAGCUGGGCGCCCCAGGCCCCGUCCGCGAAACCCUCAAGCUCCGCUCUUCUGACGUGUGGAAAAAUCUCCUCGUUCUCGUCGGAAUCCCUUAUCUCAAACGCAAACUCGACGAAGGUUACGACAUCCACGCCGCCCCGCAAGCGUCUCUAAUCAUGAGCGGCGGGCCCCGAUACAACCCAGGUGACGAGCUGCCUCCCAACCCAACAAUCCGCCAGCGUCUCCUGCACUACUACAAGUGGUUCCUCCGGAACAUCUACCCCUCAAUUAAUGGCGCAUACUAUUUCUCCAUUCUCGCCUUCAACCUCGCCUACCUUUUCGACAACACCAAAUACUCCUCCCCCUUCCUCUGGCUCAUCGGCACCCGCAUCCGCCGUCUCAGCUCCGCCGACCACCGCGCCAUCGCCUCCAUCCUCGACCCCAAGCCCACUCCCGGAGCAAGCGCCCGUACCCGCCCCGGCUCCGGCCUACUAGGCCUCCUCAGCCCUCAAAACCUCUACCCCCAGCUCCUCACCUCGCUGCGCUACUUCCUGCCCGCCUCCAUCUUCGCGCUUAAGUUCCUCGAAUGGUGGCACGCAAGCGAUUUCUCGCGCCAACUCGCCCGCAAAGCCACCGAGGUCCUGGACCUCCCCGCCCCCGUAAUAACAGGAAUGACUUCCCCCUCCGAAAAGAGAGCAGCAGCAGCAGCAGCCACGGAAAAGCAACAAGCCUCCUCCCAAACACUCAAAUCAGCACUUAAAUCCACUACUCCCCCGCGGAAACGCAUCCAACCACCCAUCUCAGCCUCCUCAUACCUACCCAUUUUCACCGUACCGCUUCCGCCGCCCGACUCGGAGGUCGCAUCUGCGUGUCCAGUUUGUUUGAACCAGCUCACGAACCCUACGGCCUGUCAGACGGGAUAUGUAUUCUGCUAUGUUUGUAUCUUCCACUGGUUAAACGGGGAGCAUCAGCGACAGCAGGAUUUCAUGAAUGGAGAGGGAGCUGGCGCGGCGUGGGCAGAUGAUGAUUUGGAUGGGGAUGAGGGGAGCGACGGGCAUGGUGAUGGUGGUGAGGGUGAAAAGGAGGGGAAGAAGUCGCGGAGUAGACGGGGGAAGUGGGAGAGCGGAAAGGGUAGGUGUCCAGUUACCGGGAGAAGAGUGCUUGGGGGGACGGAGGGUUUGAGACGGGUGUUGGUGUAGACAUUUUGUCUGAUAUUAUAUGCUUAUGUGUUUAUGAUUUGUACGGAGUGUAUAUAUGCAUUGCAUAAAGCUAAUGUUAAGACUUGGCUAGAG